AUGGAUGGACUCUCAAGACGGAAUGUGACAUGUCAGGUUUCUAAUAUAGCCCUUCAAACACCUUACGAAGUACAUGGCGUUCUAUGCAGCGUAGAUAAUCAGUCCGAUGAAAAGGACAUUCAUGCAUUUGUUUCAACAUUCCGAUUCCCAGUCAGCAAAGUACUUAUUGGAGCAGCCGUUUUGUGUGUACUCUGCAUCUUGUUCGUAAUCGGAAGAUACAUAUUUCUUAAACGACGACGGGACAACACAGUCACCACAAUAGUAAUUGUUGAAAAUCACAGCGUUUUUGAAACGGUUCGAAGAAGACCUGAAGACCGAAGUUCACAUCUGUACGAUGAAAUUCAGUCAUCUAAUACUGAGACAACUACGCUUCAACAUUUAGGUGGAGUGCCUUCAAGUGCAAUCGAGAACCAAAACGCACCGCCACUUUUGGAUAUGGAAGGAAUCCAAGUCUUUUCAAACGAGAAUGUCAGCCACUACGACUAUGCGGAUACCCCAUCCGCCCAAAGUGACCGUCGGACCAUCGCACCGGACACAAACUAUAUCCAUGCUAUAUAA